UCCACUGGAUUCACCCUGAAAUGCUUCCGCCGUGUACCCGGGUGAAGGUUCGGUGACGGUGACGUUAGCUGCUCGCUCCACUCAGGUUAACGUGUCCUCCACGAUGUCGGGCCGGGUUCUGGUCGGAGUGAAGCGGGUCAUCGACUACGCAGUGAAGAUUCGCGUGAAGCCGGACAACAGUGGUGUGGUGACAGAUGGAGUCAAACACUCGAUGAACCCCUUCUGUGAGAUCGCUGUGGAGGAGGCGGUCAAGCUGAAGGAGAAGAAGUUCAUUAAGGAGGUUGUGGCUGUGAGCUGUGGACCACAGCAAUCACAGGAGACCAUCCGCACCGCCCUUGCCAUGGGUGCAGACCGAGGCAUUCACGUGGAAGUGACUGGAAAAGAAUAUGAAAACAUUGGGCCCCUGCAGAUCUCCAAGAUCAUGGCUGCUUUGGCCAAGAAGGAGGAUGCGCAACUCGUCAUCCUCGGCAAACAGGCCAUCGAUGACGACUGCAAUCAGACGGGCCAGAUGACGGCAGCCCUACUGGACUGGCCUCAGGGCACUUUCGCAUCAGAGUUGACACUGGAAGGAGACAAAAUUAAAGUGGUGAGAGAGAUUGACGGCGGCCUGGAGACGAUUAAAAUCAACAUGCCAGCAGUGGUGACCGCCGACCUUCGACUCAACACCCCCAGAUAUGCCACUCUGCCUAAUAUCAUGAAAGCCAAGAAGAAGAAAAUCGCCAACAUGAAGCCUGCAGACUUGGGAGUGGACCUCACGUCCCGGUUGGAGACGUUGAGAGUGGACGAGCCCCCGAAGAGGGAGGCGGGGGUGAAGGUGGAGACGGUGGACGACCUUGUGAGCAAACUGAAGGAGACGGGGACGAUAUAGAGGCAGGAGGAGCGCGAGGAGAGAAGAAGGGACUGUUUAUUGAAUAACUGGACUGGAUUACCUGAGCCACCCACUGGACGAGCUCAUGCGUCGGCCCAAUCCCUCCGUUUGACACUGAACCUCCUGAGGACAUGCAGGGGGGGGGGGGGGGGGGGGGGGGGGGACUGACAGGAGAGGAGGAAUACUGAGAAACACUGUCCGUCAGCAGAACAAAGAAGGAUCAUCUCUUCUUUGACCUACAUCCCAUCUUUCAUGGAUGACUCCUCAGUCAUAGGCUACUGAUAAUAGACAGGAAGUCACGAUGCAAUAAUUUAAAUCCAGAAACCUCCUUUUUCUCACUGUUGCUGUUCAUAUUGCAACAUCACCAGUACGAUGCAUUUUACCAACAGAACACUCGGCCUCUUCAUCUUGUUUAUCUGUUGUCUCGCUCAGAGGUGCAGUCUUUGUAAACGAUGUAUGUAAAUAUGACUCCAGACAUAUUCAGAUGAUUAUUUCAAUAUUGGCAUCAUGACUGUCGGUAAUCUGUAGUUUGUCUGUGAACGCUAACAGGGUUUCUGUCUAGACGGUGUCUCUCAGUAUAAGCAACGGAAAUGUAUUCAUAAAUCUGAAUUUUACCAUAAGCGCCUCAGUUCUCUGUUGUCUGAACAGAACCAUUACCAUAACAAUAAAGUAACCAAUCUUUUUCAUAUCUUAA